AUGUCUACCACUUCUAAGGAGCAAAUUUUCGUUGACGGGGAUGUAAAUGAGUCUGAGCUAGUAACCACACAGAGGCGCUAUGAACAAGAGAGAAGAAAACGACUACGAGAUUCAGGCAACGCACAAUUCAUCGAUAUUUCUCUAUCAAACCAGCACGAUGGCUUCCUGGAAGAUCCCUGGGCCGAUUUCGAAGCGGUGGAAACCGUGCAAGCCAAAUUCCCAGUCAAUCGUUGCCAGGUCCUCAUCAUCGGCGCGGGAUGGGGUGGGAUAUUGAAUGCAGUGCGAAUGGUUGACGCGGGGAUUUCCCCUGAAAAUAUUCGUAUAGUCGAUACUGCGGCUGGGUUCGGUGGCACUUGGUAUUGGCAUCGAUACCCCGGCCUUAUGUGCGACAUUGAGAGCUAUAGUUACUUGCCCCUUCUGGAAGAAACAUUAUUUGUCCCUAAACACCGGUACUCACACGGUGAAGAGAUUAGGAAAUAUGUCAAUCUUGUUGUUCAGAAGUGGGGGUUGUCCAACAGCGGCGUUUUUCAGUCCAAGGCGCAGAAUCUGGUUUGGGAUGAAAAUGCAAAGGAAUGGCAGCUCGAUGUUGUUCAACAACGCCAACAUGAAGCGCCGCAGACAAUCAACAUCCGGUCCACGUUCGUUGUGUUGGCUAGCGGUGUACUACACUGGCCGAAGCUACCUGAUAUCCCGGGAUUUCUAAGUUACCAAGGCAAGGUGUUUCACUCUUCCCGUUGGGCAUAUCAUAUCACUGGCGGAUCACCUUCAGAUCCAUCCCUGGAUCUUUUGAAAGACAAGCGUGUGGCCAUCAUUGGGACAGGAGCAACCUCUAUCCAGAUUGCGCCGCAUCUAGCACGAUGGUCUAAACAUUUGUAUGUUGUACAGCGCACACCCGCGGCAGUUGAUCGUCGUGAUCAGCGGGAAACGGAUGAGGAUUGGUUUCGUCAAGAGGUGGCUCGUGGGAAGGGAUGGCAGCGAGAAAGAAUAAGAAAUUUUCAUCAGCACUUUACGCUCGGCGAGCAACCGGCCACGAACUUAGUAGAUGAUGAGUGGACUCGUGCAAUCGGGCUGCUUGGACUCACUGGCAAUGCCGAUGGACCUAAAUCCAUGGAUGACGUUCCCGCAUAUAUCGCAACGGUGAAUGAAAUUGAUCUUCCGCGACAAAACCGCAUUCGUGCCCGUGUAGACGAGAUAGUGAAAGACCCAGCUACGGCUGCCAGUCUGAAAGCAUGGUAUCCGUCAUGGUGCAAACGUCCUUGUUUUCAUGACGAAUACCUUGAAACAUUCAACCGUGAUAACGUGACACUCGUUGAUACCGAUGGUAAGGAUAUUGACAGCCUGACAGCUAAUUCAAUUGUUGUUGGCAACAAAUCGUACGAUGUUGAUCUUAUCAUUUUUGCUACCGGCUACCGUUCACCCUUUUCAGGAGGGCCGGGAGAAAAGGCAAAUAUGACUAUUGUCGGUAGAGAUGGAGUGUUAAUGAGCGAAGAAUGGGCCCAGCACGGCCCUACCACACUGCAUGGUGUUCUCGAUUACAAAUUUCCAAACUUAUUUCUCUCCGGGCCAGCGCAGGCAUCUACCAGCGGCAAUUUCGUUUUCAACCUCGACAUGCUCGCCAAACAUUCAGCGUACAUAUUGACACAGGCAAUGUUGAGAGCCAAUGGCAAGCCAUUUUCCGUGGCUCCAGAUCCUGCAGCUGCCGAUCAUUGGGGCUUGCAAGUUCUAAUGCACGCAGCACCGAUGGCACUUAGUUUUGGAUGCACACCAAGCUACUUCAACAUGGAAGGCGAUAUAGAUCGCGCACCAGUCGAGAUGAGAAUGAAAAUGGCACGGUCAGGGUUGUGGGGCUCCGGAAUUGAGGAUUUUCUUAAAGUUAUCGAAUCCUGGAGGGCAGAUGGCAAUAUGCGAGGCAUCCAAGUUCAGAUCCAGGUUUAA